AGAGAAGGCGGAUAACAAAGUACUGAUAAGUCCUGAGGAGAUUUUUUUUAAAGGAACUUAUUCAGUUCGAAGCGCUGGAACAUUCUAGGCCAGAUCUCUCUCUCUCUCUAUCUCUCUCUCUCCCUCCCUCGCUGUCUCUGGUGACAAAGUCCUGAAAGGGACCAUGGUGACGACCACUAAUGCUACAUGAUCCCAGGGGGACUUACACCUGCAGCCCGAGCACGCCAAAGGACACGCGGCGAUGUACUAUUUCCCUCCAUGGAUCUCGUUACUUUAACUCGGGCUUUGCGGGGACGUCCAAAAGGAUUCCUCUCAGCUUCAACGGCAAAAGUCAGUCUCCUGCCUGUCAUGAGGCCUCCAACAACUGCCAUCGAGAUAUAAAGUUCAGCCUGCCAAAGACUUGGAAUGGAGUCAAAGAUGGCGGAAGUUUCAGCAUCCAGACCGGAUCGAACCAUCCAGAUCAAGAGGGCCAAUUUCACCAAUGACCAAGUUGCCCUGGACCAGGACGAGCUAACACAGGAGCCCAAGGCGCCGGUCUUCAGGCGUAAACUCCGCAAGGCGGCGGUGGGAACAGGCUGUGACAUUCGUCUGAGGGUGUCAGUGACGGGGUUUCCCGAACCCUCUCUCGCCUGGUACCACAACCACACAUUCCUGCCUCCCUCGGAAGCCCAGGACUCAGGAGGGCUGUGGAUACGCGACUGCCGUACGCGGGACGCUGGCUUGUACACCUGCGUGGCCGCCAAUGAGUCGGGGGAGGCGAGCUGCAGCGCCAUCCUUGCCGUCAUGGACCUUGGAGAAGACUCUGAGAACACAGAAGAUGAGACCACAGAGCCCCAGGUGGAACCCAAAGGAGGGGCAGGGAGGCACCACGAAAAGGGCGGCCGAAAAGGACCUUCUGGAGAGGGGGAUCGGAUGAUGGACUAUAACCCCGAUGGUUCCGAUCGCCAGUCCACACUUCCAGGCUCGUUUGACCCAAUUGUAGAGCGGGAGCUCCGGACGCUGAACUCUCGACCCCCAGUCCCCAACAUGGACCCCACAAACCCAUCCAGGACUCAAAACGAUGCAGAAUUAUACGGGAGUUUCUCCCAUGCGCCUCUGACCUGUCCUCAACCACCUUCCAUCACACACAUAAACCACACCAACGCCUCAAAUCCAGGCGAGAAUCAACCCAGACCUCCAAAUGAUUCAGAUAAGGCCUCUGGCGUUGUGGCAUCCAAGUUGGCUCGUGCAGGGCCAAAGAUCUCUGACAAGGUCCGGGCUUUUGAGGAGCGAAGGUUGAGUGUGGAUCUGCCGGACCUUGUCGGAUCCAUUCCAGGGCUGGAUUGUAGAGAAAAGAACGAGGAAGCCGCACAAAAACGGACAGCCUUCAAGCAACGAGCCUCCUCUCUGGAGGACAAAAACAGCUUCUCGCAGCGCGUUCAGAGCUACCAGAACAAGUUCACGGAGGAACUGGACAGGAUUAAAAAGCUUGUUAGAACAGACAUAAAAAAGGCAUAUUCUACCGAGCAGCUAGCACGAAAAGAUUGUUUGAUGUCAAGCAAGGUGGAGCCCAUCCCUCCGGAGGUGAUUAAAAAACUGGAGGCAAGGCGAGAUCUGGAAGGAACUCGGGCCUGGGAGGCUGGCGGACCGCAAACUAAAGUUCCUAAAAGAGUGAAGCCAAGCCCAAAGAAAAACACAGCAUAUUACUCAUCGCAAGGCAGCACUGGCAAUAAUAGUGUUGCCAUGGAGACAGCACCAGUUCACCAGUUGCCAGGGCAACCAUUGACAACAGCCAAGACCGGACUCAUCAGGGAAACCACACCGAGUUCUUCUCACUCUCUCUUGCCAGAACACCGAUCUCCUUCACGCAAGGACAAUGACAGAUCCCACGGUCCGACAGGAAAAAGAGCGCCGGCAGUCGCGGCGAGGGAAGCCGGGUCGCAGUAUCCAGCCGAGCCCCCGAAGCUCACCCCGUCACCCACCAGCCCACACCUGAAGAGAAGCAAGGCCAUUCCUUCCAUCCUGGUGGAAGAUGAAACUGUACCGACUGAACAUGAUGCACGUGGAAUGCGGAGGAAGGAGGAGAAACGUGGCAAAGAGCCAUGCAAGAGGUUAGUCCGGUCCUUGGAAGUCGGACGCUCCACCCACCUUUCAGGUAGAGAGUACAUGAGCCUAAAGGAGGAGGUGAUGGAACACAAUCAAGAUAGUCCUGCUCUGACCAAAAGUGUCAACUUGGAGGAGCCUCCUGGUUUCCAGGUGGGGCCGUGUGACCAAACAGUGAUGGAGGGCCAGGAUGUUGUCAUCUCGGUGAAAGUCACAGGGCAGCCCAAACCUACGGUUCGCUGGCUGAAGGACAACGCUCCGGUGAAGACGGCAGGACGCUUCUCCGUGCAGGAGAUGGACUUUGGUUCCAGCGAGAUGAAAAUCAUCUCAGCAAAGCGGUCAGAUGCGGGGCUCUACAUUUGCAAGCUUGUCAACCGGUGCGGAGUAAAACAGGAAGAGUGCAGAGUGGAGGUCAAAGGUGCAGCACAGACCAACUUGACAAUUGUGCAGGAGAUCAAAGACGUGACAGUAAGGGGCGGUGAGUCGGCCAUGUUUGAAUGCCAUGUCACAGGGCCCCCGGACAUGGAUGUGGAUUGGUUGUCCAACGGGAAGCUGAUCCAGCCGGCGUUGCUCAACUGCAAGAUGCACUUUGACGGCCGGAGGUGCCGCCUGCUGCUCAAUUCAGUGCACGAAGAUGACAGCGGGAAGUACACAUGCAAGUUGAGCACGGCUAAAGAGGAGUUGACCUCCAGUGCAAGCCUGAAGGUCACACCCUCCAAAGAGCCAUUGUUCACUCGCAAGCUGGACAUCCUGGAGGUCAUCGCAGGUCGCACGGCCCGUUUUGACUGCAAGGUGAGCGGGUCACCGGCACCACAAGUCACCUGGAUGCACUUUGACACCAGAGUGGAGGAGAGCGACAAUGUGCACAUUCUCAGCGAGGGAGGGCGCCACUCGCUGGUCAUCACCAACGUCAGCAGUGACACGGAGGGCUUCUACACGGCCAUGGCUCAGAACAUUCACGGAAAGUCUGAAUGUACCGCCGAGCUUUACAUGCAGGAGCAUAGGGCCGCCAUCUCUUCUCACAUGUCCGCACUGGAGAAGAUGCCGUCCAUCCCAGAGGAGCCAGAACAUAUAGAGAGUGAAGUGGAAAAGAGAACCAUGCCGGAUUUUGUUAAACCUCUGGUAGACAUGGAAGUCAUUGAGGGCAAAGAGACCGUGCUUUGCUGCAAGGUGACAGGCCUGCCUUACCCAACCAUCGCCUGGUACCACAGCGGCAAGCGCAUUGCAAGCAGCGAGGAGCGCAAAAUGACUCAGUACAGGGAUGUCCACAGCCUGCUCAUUCAGAGCGCUUCUCACGCUGAUGGCGGCGUCUACAAGGCCGUGAUCGCUAACAAAGUGGGUAAAGCAGCCUGUUAUGCACAUUUAUAUGUCACAGAUAUCAUUCCAGAACCACCUGACGGCCCUCCUGUCAUAGAAACCAUCACAGGGAAAACUAUAACCCUGAGCUGGAAGAGACCAAAGAGACUGGACGCAUCUUAUGACCCUGGUUCUUUGCUAUAUGUGCUCCAGCAGCAACCUCUGGGUUCCAUACAGUGGUCCAAUGUGGCGUCCAAUCUAAGGGAGACCAGCUACACCGUCAAUUGCCUAUCCAAGGGAGUCCGCUAUGCUUUUAGGGUCCUGGCGUCUACUGGCAAGACACUUAGCAAGCCUUCACCAUCUACUGAUCUGGUCCAGCUGCUGGACAGAGGACCCUACUUGAAGAAAGCGCCGGUCAUCGUGGACAAACCGGACAUUGUGUAUGUGGUCGACAACCAACCUGCGAGCAUCUCAAUCACCCUGAACCAUGUGCAUGCGACAGUAACUUGGAAAAGGAGGGGCGUGUCCUUGGUCAACAAACCGGGGGUGUGCGAGAUGAGCAUGCCAGACGAUGAUCAACACUCCCUCACACUUCAGAGGGUCAAGGCCUCAGACCUGGGCCAGCUGGUGAUGUUGGCCAGCAACCAAUUUGGCAGCGACCUCUGCAGGCUUGAGCUCGCCAUGGCAGUGCCGCCUAAGUUUGAAACGAUCAUGGAGGACGUGGAUGUGGAAGCCGGGGAAACGUCCCGUCUGGCUGUCGUGGUCGAAGGGAAACCAGAUCCAGACAUUUUCUGGUACAAGGAUGAUGAGCUCCUCUCCGAGAGCAGCUAUUUCACCUUUGUUUACGAUGACCCGGAAUAUUCUCUUGUGAUCCUCAACGCCCGUCCGGGGCACUCUGGUGUUUAUACAUGCACUGCAAAAAACAUGGCUGGAUCCAACUCCUGCAAGGCUGAACUGACGGUUCACACAGAGCGAAAAGAGGCAAUAGAACCAAUGGAAGACAAGGGAACCAUUCUCAGGAAGAUGCGACGCUUGACCGACUACUAUGACCUCCACAAGGAGAUAGGCAGGGGGGCCUUCUCUUACAUAAAACGGGUAACUCAGAAGAAGGGAAAGAGGGAUUUUGCCGCCAAGUUCACAUCCGCACGCGGGAAAAGGAAAGCCUUGGCACUGCGGGAGAUGGAACUGCUGUCAUCACUGGACCAUGAGCGGAUCAUCUACUUCCACGAUGCCUUUGAAAAGAAGAACGUGGUUGUGCUCAUAACAGAAUUGUGUCAUGAAGAGCUGCUGGAACGAAUGUCCAGAAGAACAACCGUCACAGAUCUGGAAAUCCGUCGAAGUGUUCAGCAGGUGUUAGAAGGCCUCCGUUACCUUCAUGAGAAAGGAAUUGCUCACCUCGACAUCAAGCCAGAAAACAUUUUGAUGACUGGUAGCAGCAGUGACCAGAUCCGUAUAUGCGACUUCGGUAAUGCCCUCAGACUGGAGUCACCCGAGGAGCACUAUUGCAAGUAUGGCACACCAGAAUACGUGAGCCCAGAAAUUGUGAACCAAACCCCCGUUUCCACAGCAACAGACAUAUGGCCAGUUGGCGUCAUUACAUAUCUCUGCCUGACAGGAGUGUCGCCAUUUGCCGGUGAAAACGACCGCGAAACAGCGUUAAACAUUCGAAACUACAAUGUGGCCUUUGAAGAGAGUAUGUUGUCUGCCCUCUGCAAAGAAGCAAGGGGCUUUGUCAUCAAGCUCUUGGUGGUGGACCGCCUGAGGCCGAGCGCCGUUGAAUGCCUCCGCCAUCCUUGGUUUAAGUCAGAAAGCAACAAAGGCAUCUGCACAGCGAGGCUUAAACAGACGUUGUCUCGAAGGCGAUGGCAGCGCUCCCUCAUCAGUUACAAAUCCAAGAUGGUGAUGCGCCCAAUCCCAGAGAUACUUAAUGACGCAUCUAACCACGUCUCGAUUGCAGUGGCCCGGCAAUUGAAAGACGGCUCACCGCCGCCUUCCUCGUCCUCCGACUCUGAGGCGGAUGUAGAUGAACUGCCCUUCAUUCCAAUGCCGAUAUCUAUGGUUUUCUCCGGUUCCAGAGUCUCCCUGAAUGAGAUCCCCGCAGAUGAACAAAUUGUUGUCGAGAAAACUAAGGACAACCUGGACACAAUUAGCCCAGACGAGACAAAUCAAGAGACAAAACGAGCUCCGCUUAGAAAAGGAUUAAGCACCGAGUCUGAUGAAUCACAAACAAAAGCCAGAAGAUCGACCAUGAGGAGAGGCAGCUCUGCGGACUCUGCACUACUUCUACAUAUUGACCCCGAGGAGGACAAUGCCAUUAAAGAUACAGAAACCAGCAGCAAUAGCCUGAAAAAGGCAGCUUCUCUGGAACUGCCACACCGUAGCCCAAGCCCUGGCAUGACAAAGCUCAGCCAGGAGGAUUACGCCUUGAAACUGGAGCUCAUGAGACAGCGGCUGCUAAGGGGCGGUAACAUGGAUAAAAAGAUGAGUGGCCUCCGAGGGCCUUUGUUUGAAACACUUGGCAUGGAUGAUGAGAGGCAGACCGGGUCUCUCGAUCGGAAUCUGAGGAGAUCCAAAACAGGGCAAUCUACACUCACAAGAGCUGCAUCUUCUGAGAAUGCUGGAGAGGACACAACAAAGACCAGAGUUUUUCGGAAAAGUGUCUCCUUUACCCAGGGAGAUUCUGAGCCCAUGCCACUUCACCGCAGGUAUGGAGCUCCUUUGGAGAUUCCAUCCGUCAUCAAUGUCAGCACAGAGAGUAAGAAGCUUCAGGAAGCAACAUCGAUGUCGGCACUAACAGGACAAACGAUGCUGGAGUCAGCCUCGCCAACUGAACACAACUCUUUUGUCUACCCAACACCAGGGAAAGGGGACCAACGCAAAAAACUGAAUUAUGAAGAAAAAAUAGCCAAGAAUGAAGGUGAAUCUGAGUUGAAAUCACCUUCAGUAGUUUAUCCCAUAAUUGUGAUAGAAGAGGAUGAUGACAAAGAGGACACAAGAAAGAAAUAUCAGGACAUGCAAAUACAUGGAAAAGAAGGGAUGGAAGAUAAAGAAACAUCACAAACCUAUAAAACAUCAUUUGCAAACAGAAGCCGUGCAGAAACCAAUGUAGUGUCCUCUGAAACAUCUGAUCAGGUUCCUGACAAGUCAAGAGGCAGACCUGAGCCUAAAGAAAAUGCUUCAUCAUCGAAACACUCGGCUGUGUUUGCAAAAGUAGCCACUGGCCAGUCAUCUUCUGCUUCAAAUUCCUCGUUAUCAAAUUCGGAUAUUUCUGGCGUUCUUAGCCACCCAAAACUGAGAACAGAUAUCAAAGACAUUGACUCAGAGGAGGUCUUUGAGUCCAGAUUUAAGAAGCGGGAAUCCUCUUUGACCCGUGGCCUCAGAAAGCUUACAAGAAACAAAUCAGAGGGGGAAUCGCCUGUGCCAAGCCGUAAGCUCGGCGGUGGAGGUGAAGAGGUUUACAGGCCAGGGCCAAGGGGAGCUCCUCUUGAGAUGAGCUCCAAAGGGCUACAAGAGAAGUCCAAAUCAGUUCAAGACCUACGUGAAGAUGAGACAAAGGAACGAGGCCUGAGCCUUAUCGGAAGGUUUUCAUUACGAGGAAAGAGAUCAACAUCCGAUGAUAAAAAGGGAGAAAAAUCCACUGAAAGAAAGACUCAGGACGCACAGGAAAGUGCGGCCACUAAGAGGACUACUUGGGCAAUCGGUCGAAGUAAAUCUCUGGACACCAAAGAGCAAGAUAGAGAUCAAAGAAAGGCUGAUGAGUCUGCAAUUUCUUCUGUGAGGCGCAGGUUUGAGUCCAAAGUGGCAGGAAUCUCUGCUAAAAUACGAACCCAGUCUGAGGAUAGGAAGGAUAAACAUGCCGAGGGAAGUCAGAAAGAGACGGACUUGAAGAAGAUCACAGAUUCUUCCGUCUUUGCAAUGCGACAGAAGUUUGAGAAUAAAGUGGCGGGAAUUUCCACGAAAAUACGAAGCCAGUCGGACGAGAGAAAAGAGAACACAGAAGGAAAGAGGACGCCGUUGUUUUCUCGCCAUCGCCACUCACGCUCUGAGGGUCGCGGACUGCAAGAAAUUUGCGUGCCUGAAAAUCAGCUUGCAAAACAGGUUGCCGUCGGUACGUCCAAAGAGUCGAUUGAAUCUGUUUCAAGUGUUCAUUCUGAGAAAGAGAACGACCGGCGGUCCAGAUGGGACAGGUGGGGUCUAAGCAGGAGCAAAAAAGACAAAACACCUUCCCAGACUGACAUUCUUUUACCUGCCCCAAAAGAGGAGGAGAACUCAAACCCUCCAAAGUUUGUCCGUUCUGCUUCAGACUUCCCACCCGUGUUCCAUAUCAAACUCAAGGACCAAAUAUUGCUUGAAGGAGAGCAGGUCACCCUUUGCUGCCUGCCGGCAGGAAGUCCCCCUCCUGACAUUUCAUGGAUGAAAGAUCGUAAAGCUGUGCUAGCGGACGACCGCAUUAGUCUGAUCUCCCAUCCAGAUGGCAGGCAGCUUCUUACCAUCCUCAAGUGUAUCCAGAAAGAUGCCGGGGUGUACGAGUGUUUAGCGACUAAUCCCAUUGCUGCCAUCACCACGUCCUGUACAUUGUCGAUAGCAUAUAUUCCUAAGCGACCAGGGACCCCUGAGGUGCCACAGACGUACAACAACACCGCCCUGGUGCUUUGGAAGCCGGCAGACACCAAGCCUCCAUGCAGCUAUACUCUGGAAAGAAAGACAGAAGGAGAUUCAACGUGGCAAACGGUGGCCACCAGGGUGGUUGACUGCUACUACAAUGUGACGGACUUACCACCAGGUGGCUUGUUCAGGUUCCGUGUGUCCUGCGUGAACAAGGCAGGACAGGGGCCGCAUAGCAACUGUUCAGCUCCAGUCAAGUUGGAAUCAACAGCUCAAGACGCAAUACCAGAGGUGGCUGUUGUGAAGACGGCGAACCCACGAGAGCCUCUGGUGUCCCCCUCAUCCAUCCCCCAACCCACACCCAUAAUGACUGUCACAGUUACAGCUGCUGAAGAUGCAACUGCACAAGUGAUGUCUCCUUCUUCCCCAUCAUCCUUAGGUCCUUCAAGCCGUAAUACGCCAAAAAAUACUCCAUAUGACCCAAAAACAAGCGCUAAACAUCCCUCUGCACCAUUUAUAGUGCCCAAACCCCAAAGUCCCGUGAACAUAGUGUCUCCUAUGACCCAGAGUCCCUUCACACUUGUAACUCCACCUUCAACCCCCACCAAACCAGCCUCAGUGCCCAUUAAAGGCACCACAGCAUCUGUGGCCACAUCUCCCGUCUCCUUCUCCCCUCAAGUGCUUCAAACAUCCAGCCUGAGCCCCAUCGGCGAAGGGGUCAGUACGCCCGGCAGAGGGACCCCGUCCACGGCUCUGCGGCAAGGGGUUCCGCAAAAACCAUACACCUUCCUGGAGGAGAAAUCCAGGGGUCGUUUUGGAGUCAUCCGCGAAUGCCGUGAGAACGCCACGGGCAAAAUGUACAUGGCCAAGAUCAUCCCCUAUAGCCAUGAGAACAAACAGGAGGUGUUGAAGGAGUAUGAGAUUUUGAAAUCCCUGCACAACGAAAGAGUCAUGGCACUGCACGAGGCCUACGUCACGCCGCGUUACGUCGUGCUGGUGGCAGAGUACUACACAGGCAAAGAGCUUCUGCACAGCCUCAUAGACAGGUUUCGCUACUCCGAGGAUGACGUGGUGGAGUACUUGGUGCAGAUCCUUCAGGGAGUCGAGUACCUCCACAACCGCAGGGUCCUCCACCUGGACUUGAAGCCCGACAACAUUAUGGUGACAAACAAUAACACCAUCAAGAUUGUAGACUUUGGGAGCGCUCAGAGCUUUAACCCGCUUAGUCUUAAGCAGCAGGACUCCGGAACAGGAACUCUGGAAUACAUGGCUCCUGAAAUGGUGAAAGGUGAAGUGGUGGGGCCCCCAGCCGAUAUUUGGACAGUCGGAAUUGUUAUCUACAUUAUGCUGAGCGGCCGACUGCCUUUCCAGGACAAAGACCUGCAGAGGGUUAAAUCCAAGAUCCUGACGGCGAAGUUUGACCCAACAAGACUGUACCCCAACGUGUCCCAGAGCGCUUCUGCUUUUGUCAAGAAGAUGUUGAGCAGUUAUGCUUGGGCUCGCCCGACCACCCGAGACUGCUUCACCCAGGCGUGGCUGCAGGAUACUUACCUGAUGAGGCUGAGACGGCAGACUCUGACCUUCACCACCGGCAGACUCAAGGAGUUCCUGGUGGAGCAGCAGUGUCGCCGGGCUGAGAGCUCCACCAAACACAAGGUGCAGCUGCGCACCUACCAGAACGCACCCCAGUCCGUACCGCCAGGUCCCGGCCCAAAGUGAAAUAAUCGACCGACUCCGGUCGCCUGGAAUGACGCAUCGUCGACCCGUUCUUAAGGCUGCCGAGUCGGCCGCAGAAGACGAGAUACUUUCAGAUGCCGAUGCAUCGCGUGCAAUUCUUAAUACUGAAAUUGUUCAUCAUCAGCCUUCUUUUACCUGUGAAUGUACCAUACUUUGAGCUGCUAACUUAUAUUGGUUAAAAAAAAUGAAAAAAAAAAUUGCUAACAUAACUUUUUCCUUCGAAUGUUUACUUUGUUCAUGUUAAUUUAUUUGCAUGCAUGCACGAGCAUCUUUCAAUCGCUUUUUGACUCAAUAAGGGAAAACAAAAAAGAAAAAGGAGAAUCCCUGUGGUUGUUAUUUAAGGUAGGGUGCAAUUAAAGGCCUACUGAAACCCACUACUACCGACCACGCAGUCUGAUAGUUUAUAUAUCAAUGAUGAAAUAUUAACAUUGCAACACAUGCCAAUACGCCCGGUGUAGUUUACUAAAUUACAAUUUUAAAUUUCUUGCGGAGUUUAUUGUUGAACGUCUCGGGUUGUAGCGCAGCACCACACAUGGCUAAAAAUCGUCUCUUUUCAUCGCACAAUUACACAGUAAUUUGGACAUCUGUUUUGCUGAAUCUUUUGCAAUUUGUUCAAUUAAUAAUGGAGACGUCAAAGAAGAAUGCUGUUGGUGGAAAGCGGUGGAUUGCAGCUGCCUUUAGCACCAAAACACAGUGUUGCUUUGUUUGUUGUGAAGCUUUAACACAGAGCGGUUGAGCGAACAUGUUUCUCUACGUCAACCAGCAAGUUUUUGGAUGGGAAAACUGUGAUACUGAGUCUGCUCUUACCGGAGACAUCACUGGAUUAUAGGACCUCCUCCUGGAGCUCAAAAAGGCAGCUUUGAUCUUGACUCCUCGGUUUCUCUCUUGGGGCGGCAUGGCGUAGUGGGUAGAGCGGCCGUGCCAGAAACCUGAGGUUUUAAGGUUCGCUUCCCACCUAUUGACAUCCAAAUCGCUGCCGUUGUGUCCUUGGGCAGGACACUUCACCCUUGCCCUCGGUGCCGGUCACACUGGUGAAUGAAUGAUGAAUGAAUGAUUGGUGGUGGUCGGGGGGGCCGUAGGCGCAAACUGGCAGCCACGCUUCCGUCAGUCUACCCCAGGGCAGCUGUGGCUACAUAUGUAGCUUACCACCACCAGGUGUGAAUGAAUGAUGGGUUCGCACUUCUUGUGAGCGCUUUGAGUAUCUAACAAUAGAAAAGCGCCAUAUAAAUCUAAUCCAUCAUUAUUAUUAUUAUUAUUAUUCUCAGAGACACUGGCGUUCACCGCAGCCAUCCGACUUUCAGGUAUGAUUUUACGAUCUCACUAAAACACUAUUAAAACAAUAAGCAGAUAAGGAAUCUUCCAGAAUUAUCCUAGUAAAUGUGUCCAACUACUGCCGCCGCCUGGAAUCGCCUUUUCUUUUUUGUGCUUCUCUCUAACUUUCCUCAUCCACAAAUAUUUCAUCCUCGCUCAAAUUAAUGGGGAAAUUGUCCAUUUCUCGGUCCGAAUAGCUCUUUGCUGCUGGAGGCUGUGAUUUUAAACAAUGUGAGGAUGUGAGGAGCUCCACAACCCGUGACGUCACGCGCACAUCGUCUGCUACUUCCGAUACAGGCAAGGCUUUUUUAUUAGCGACCAAAAGUUGCGAACUUUAUCGUCGAUGUUCUCUACUAAAUCCUUUCAGCAAAAAUAUGGCAAUAUCGCGAAAUGAUCAAGUAUGACACAUAGAAUGGACCUGCUAUCCCCGUUUAAAUAAGAAAAUCUCAUUUCAGUAGGCCUUUAAUGUGUCUGUGGAUUAUAAACAGUGAGCAGCGGAGAUUAGAACAGUCACACCACAAUGGUGAACUCCCGUGGUUCCUCAGUGUUACUCGUACUUGGUGAAGUUAUGGUUGCCCAGUCAGUGCCUAGAUUGGACUUGAAUCCAAAGCAUCUGUGUUUUAACGUGUUCCGGUGGUAAAUCACUUGUUUUGUUAUGAACAAACCUUAGCCCCGCUGUUGCAACUUUACAAAGACAUGCUCUUGUCGACAUGUGACAGCAUUGAUAGCAUUUAAUAGUCCUGUUACUCUAACAACACUCCAUUUUUAUUUCAAUUUGGAUGCUGAAAAAUGUGUAAAUGUGACACUUUGCCGUGUUUAUACGUGGGAAAUGUUUUUUUUUUUUUUUUCCAGAGACAGUAUGUAAUAAAUUGUUGAUAGAAA